GUGGGGUGCCGCGGAGUAGGAGCUGGAGGCUGGAGGCCGGAGGCCGGAAGGGGAGAAGGCCCAUGGCGCUGUAUGGGGCUGCAGCCGCGGUACUGUCGGGGGUAGAGGCGCACCAGGGCUCCCUCAAGAGCCUGGUCUAUAGCAGCCGCUUCCAGAACGUCCGGCAGCUGUACGCUCUGGUCUGCGAGACGCAGCGCUACUCCGCCGUGCUGGACGCGGUGAUCCGCAGCGCAGGGCUCCUGGAGGCGGAGAAGAAACUGAAGCCCCACCUGGCCAAGGUCCUGGUGUAUGAGCUGCUGCUGGGCCGGGGGCUACGGGGUGGAGGCCGAUGGAAGCCUGUGCUCUCCAGGCACAAGGCCAGGCUGCAGGCCGAGUUGGCCCGGCUCAAGGUGAAGCGAUGUGUGAGCCGAAAUGAGGAUCUCCUGGAGUCGACUCCUGGGGCCACCCAGGUGGUGCAGCUCCCUCGAUUUGUACGAGUGAACACGCUCAAGACCAACCUCGAGGACACCAUUGAUUACUUGAAGCGUGAGGGCUAUUCCUAUCAGGGCCGUGCUUCUGGACCGGACAAGCUACGGGCCUUACAGGGUAAACUUUUUUUUCUGGAUUCACUGCUCCCGGAGUUACUUGUAUUCUCUGCCGGCACUGACUUCCAUAAGCACCCGCUGUACCAGGCUGGCCAUCUCAUCCUGCAAGACAAGGCGAGCUGCCUCCCAGCCACGCUGCUUGCCCCUCCGCCUGGCUCCCAUGUCAUCGAUGCCUGUGCCGCCCCAGGCAACAAGACGAGCUACCUGGCUGCUCUGCUGAAGAACCAGGGGAAGAUCUUUGCUUUUGACUUGGAUGCUGGGCGACUGGCCACCAUGGCCACAAUGCUGACCAGGGCUGGAGUCUCUUGCUGUGAGAUAGCCAAUGAGGACUUUCUGUCUGUAUCUCCCUCUGACCCACGUUACGGCCGGGUCCAGUACAUCUUGCUGGACCCCUCUUGCAGUGGUUCUGGCAUGGCGUCAAGGCAGCUGGAGGAGCCUGGUGCAGGCAGCCCCAGCCAGGAACGUUUAUGUGCUUUGGCUGGGUUCCAGCGCCGUGCCCUGAGCCACGCACUCUCCUUCCCAGCCCUGCAGCGUGUGGUCUACUCGACCUGCUCUGUGUGCCAGGAAGAAAAUGAGGAUGUGGUUCGAGAUGUCCUGGAGCAGAACCCGGGUGCCUUUAGGCUUGUCCACGCAUUACCUCUGUGGCCCCAGAGAGGCCUCAGCACCUUCCCAGGUGCAGAACACUGUAUCCGGGCAUCUCCUGAAGCCACGCUCACCGGAGGCUUUUUUGUUGCUGUGCUGGAACGGGCAGAUGGGAAAAGCUCAGGUCCAGAACCCCAGUUGCUGGCUGGAGAACUUGUGCCCCGUGUGGCUCCCAAGAAAAAGAAACGACGGCGACAGCAAAAUGCAUUAACGCCAUGAACAUGGGCUGUGCUCCCUGCUUCUCUGUCUUGGGAGCAGCAGCAGGCAGCAGUUCACUUCUCUGGGAUCAGUUUGUGCCUGAGCCUCAAGGGGCACUUCUCUCUGCUCCUCUCCCUAAGGCAGGGAGACAGAGCAAUCCCUUAUUCCUGUGUAAAAAAUCCAGGUCUGCCCUUACCUCCACAGGAAAAAAAAAGACAGGAUGGGACCACUGGAGAUCACAGUUUUGUUUAUUUUUAAAAUCAAUGACAUUAUAAGAAGCAAGGAAAAAAAAUUGCACAUUCACACUAAAUUCCCACCAGACUCAACAGGAACAGUGUCUUACGGAAAGUUUGUCUCCCAUUCCUGUCCGGUCUCGUGCGCAUACCCGCACAGGGCUGAGGCCGCGAGCUGGGUGGGUGUGGGCAGAUCUCUGGGCUGUCUUGGUAACUACAGGCUUCUGGCUGCCACCACUGCCUCUGGAAGGCUGGUUUGACCUGAUUCAGCUUUCCCCCCGGGUCCGAGUGGAACUGAGCAGUAGCUGAGACAGAGUCUUGAGAGCCCUUCCAAUGCCCCUCUCCCACCACCAGAGCUGCUAUCACAGGUGGGAAACCUUGCCCUAGCCACAUUCACAUACAUCACAUUAUUAGAAAGGAAUUAAGUACAUUUUACGUAACGAUUCCCUGGGUGAAAAGGGAGUCUGAGUGAGCCCUUCCUCCCCCAGGCAGUCAGGCUCCCUCCUCCCCCAGAUCUCACACUGUUCAGCUAAUUUCUGGACAACAGCUUUGUACUUUCUCACAGCUUCAAUGAACCAAGCUUGAAGGAAUUCAAAAGGCAAUUUAGCUUAAAUAUAAAAAUAAAUUUUAUUUUGUUA